UGUGUUUACAUCCUCCACUCAGCUGUUUCUUUCUUCUUCCACUCCGACAUAACAGCUCGCCAUUAUUACUUUUCUCGACCUACUAACAAUCUAGUUAGCUCCGUAAACUAGUUAUUUGUUUCUUGAAAAGGGCUGUUAGCGUGUGAAAACAGUUGUCACUGACCGUCGCAGUCCUCGGUGCAUCCACUUGCAAGGAGUGAGUAAAUGCGACACGACAUUAAGAGGAUUGAUAAUGACCACUGUUUCAAGAAAGUGGAUUAUCACUGGUCACUUGCUGCCUGGACAUGAACGCCGUCUGAACCGACAUUGACGACUCACAUUGGCAGGAUCCUUCAGACAGCCUACGUCUCCAUGCCGCUGUGAGGAGGAUUCUGUUUUCCUGGUUACGAGUUAAGCUGUUGUGUGUCUCUUCUCUUUUUGCCAUGGGGGGAGCUGUGAGCGCCGGGGAGGACAAUGAUGAUCUCAUUGAUAACCUGAAGGAGGCUCAGUAUAUUCGCACAGAAAAAGUGGAACAGGCUUUUCGGGCCAUAGACCGUGGUGACUACUAUUUGGACGGUUAUCGAGACAGUGCCUACAAAGACUUGGCGUGGAAGCACGGAAACAUACACCUCUCUGCUCCCUGUAUAUACUCUGAGGUGAUGGAGGCCCUCAAACUGCAACCAGGACUUUCUUUCCUCAAUCUGGGAAGUGGAACCGGCUACCUGAGCACAAUGGUUGGCCUCAUAAUAGGGCCGUUUGGAGUGAACCAUGGUGUCGAGCUUCACAAGGACGUUGUUGAAUAUGCCAGACAGAAGCUGGAUGAAUUCAUAAAGAAUAGUGACAGCUUUGAUAAGUUUGAGUUCUGUGAACCUGUCUUCGUGGUGGGGAAUUGCCUUGAAAUCUCAACAGACAGUCACCAAUAUGAUCGCAUUUAUUGUGGCGCUGGAGUGCAGAAAGACCAUGAAAAUUACAUGAAAGUGCUGCUCAAAAUUGGAGGCAUACUGGUGAUGCCUAUAGAGGAUCAGCUGACCCAGAUAACCCGGACUGGCCAGUGCACAUGGGAGAGCAAGAACAUCUUGGCGGUGUCCUUUGCCCCCUUGGUGCAGCAGAGCAGAGCAGAUGGAGAGAAGCCUGACACUGUACAUCUGCCCCCAGUGACCGUCCGGAGUCUUCAAGACCUUUCUCGGAUCUACAUACGCCGUACUCUUAGAAACCUGGCCAAUGAGGACAGUCAGGGGAAGGGGAUGGUGCAAAGAGUUCCCCAGAAGCGCAAGCGCAGGCGCUGCAGACGACGACGCAUCAACACUUACGUUUUUGUAGGCAACCAACUCAUUCCCCAAAUGGUGGAAAGUGAAGAGGAGGAACACGUUGAGGAGGAGCACAAAGAGGUGGAGGAGGAGGAGGAAAGAGACAUUGGUGACAUUGAAAUAGUCAAGCAAGUGAACGUUUUAAGAGAACAAAUAAUGGCUUUACCGCUGCCUGAGUCACUGAAAGCAUAUUUGCUGUAUUACAGAGAGAAGUGACUGAUUCACUGGAAGUCUGCUUCUCAUGGGUGUGCUACCUGCUGAAAUUUCAGCACAAAUGUAGCAUUAUUAUCACUUAAUCUUGAUGGCAACACUGUAAUGGAAAGAAAUGUCAUAAAUGAAAUUGGAUAAUAAUGUGAUUGUCAAGAGUUAUAGUUUAGUUUUUUUUCUUAUUAUUAUUUUUUUGUAUAUAUGUAUGAAAAAAAAAAUUGGAAAAAUAUACUCAAUGGACAUAAUUUCAGAAACCAGUUUUGAGAUCCAGAUUUUAUCAAAAUAUCAGAAUUCUGCAGAACUGUGCAGAUUAUAAAUUGUAUAAAACUAUAUUUGUUAAAAUAUGAUCAUGCUAAGUUGAAGACUAUUAUUGCACCUUUUUUAGAAGCUUUAACCUUCUGUCAGUGUCUGAUUUCAUAAUAGUGAAAGCAGAAAGACACUGAAAGGCAAACAAGGCCACAUUGUCCCAUUUUGAGUCAAAGAGCAAGCCUUUCUUGCAUAAUCAUGAAUUGAGCACUUAUGUUAUUACUAGGAUGAUGUGUUUUAUACGUUCCUAUUACAAGAGAAUUGAAAAGAGUAGAUGAGUUCACAUUUUUUUCUACAGGGCAUCUUUUAACGUGACAUUUUCUUCAGGCUGCUUACGUUGUGGUUUCUCACUGUGAGUUGCCGACAUGUUACUACAUCUUUCUUUCCUCUUAUUGUGGAUACAUAUAAUUAAUCAUAUCAGUGGUUUAACAUAAUAAUAAGAUGGUUGACAGAUGGUACAAAGUAGUUCAUGUCUUCAUUAGUUUUUCUUUUUUGAGAGAACUGAUCAUGAGUCAGUGUUCUUCAAUAAUGAGUACAUGCAUGAAGAUGGUGUACAUGUGUGGGGUUUCCUGACUUGGCUUUGUAUCUUCUGAUUGGUCACUGGAGGUGAUGUCCCGAGUGAUUAAGUUUGGAAGUGUCUCUUUAAAUAAAAAGAAAAAGAUUUAAAAAAAAAAAAAAGAUUUAAAGAUGAUCAAUCAUUUAGAUUGCCUUGAGAUAAAUCUUGAAUUCUGUAUAGUACUGCUAUUUCUCUUGACUUCUUCUUUUUUUAAAUUGAAAACAAUGCAAAAUCAAAAUCGUUGAGGAUUUUGAUGCCUUUUGUAUCAUGGACUAUAGUUGUGUCCAUCACAGCACCUUAAUGUGCAGUCCUCAUAAAAAAGACAGAAACAAAACAAAAAACACAGAAAAAAGGUGCCAUUUUUUGGCUUAUAUUGUGGACUGGACUAAUAGUAAAGUAAAUCCUGUUUAAGUACAACAUUCUUGCAGAACUUCCCUGAUAGUGAUGGCUUUUAAGUGCCAACAUACCCCAUCACAUCAGGAUUUCUGUGAGCUUCCUGGCAUAGUAAAUCUAUCCAAACAAAGGUGAAUUUUUACAUACACACACAUACACAAAAAUCAUUCCACAGUGAUAAAAGAAAAUGGCACAUCACUGAUACUCACAGGUUUCCUACAUGCUUUACCACCACACAGUAGAAAGGUUUUCUCAUCUUACUUCAAAUGCAUAAUUUAGUAUUGAAAAAACUGAGUUGAAUGUUGUUUAUUAAUUCUAUAUAAAAGUGAUAUAUACAGUAUGUAAUGUUACAUGAUUUUGCAUUCAGUUUAAUUUGCAGUUGAUUUGUUGUAGCACCCUCUUGCUGUACUGUAUCUCAACACUGGGAACUCUGUAGAUCAAAUCACCACUGCUGUCUGUUAUAUAGAUAAGAUGUAUUAGUGCUAGAUCUUCAUUUUGUUCUGAUGUAAUGAAAAGAUAUUUUGUUUGAAAUCUGGGCUGAUUAUUCUAUUGAUUCUAUUAGUAGAUUUUGUGUGUGAAGAGGUAAUGUCUACUAUCUGUAAGUUCAUUGCAUUUUACUUUUUUUUUUUUUUACAUUCUCUACAGAGCUUUGCAAUUAAGCAAUAAGGAAUAGUUUGAUAGCCUCUGAUUAUAAAUAACAUAACAGUCCCAUAUGAUUUGUAUAGUAUCUAUUGAAAUUCACACAACCAAUUACAGCCAUGCAACAGUUUAUAUACAUAAAAUGUUAUUGCUCCUUAGAGAGCACAUUAGAAGUACUAAAAGCAGCGGACCUACAGCCUCGACUCUCAGGUCACGCCUUGCACCAAAGUUAAUGGGACUGCUGUGGUUUUGUUUAAUGUGGAUGAGAUUGACUAAGAAAAAUGGCACCUGGCGAAAGCUGAUUUGUAACCCACUCUGUGCUCUUAAUUAGCGUUGAUUUGUUUAGAGCCAAAACAGUUUUGUUGCUGUUUAUCAGACUUAAGUUGAUCUCUGGUAGUGUGUGCAGUUCAUUUUGAAAAUGUGUUGUUUCACCAUAAAUGUGUGGCACAAAAUAAAGGUCACAAUCACA